AUGACGUCCAUCCUGCGGGUUCUCGGCGUGAGUGCGUCAACACUUGCACGCUUUGAGCUGGCAGAAGAACUCAGCACCCAAACUACCAAGGGAGCAGCCCUGAUUCUAUUGCUAAGUAAGGGAUGGUCCUUCCAUCCAUUGGAGUUUGGAUCGGGCACUGGCAUCUAUUCAAAUGGCUCUGAGAUUAGAAUGUGGUCGAAAGGUCAAGACGUCCUCAGAAUGAAGAUGACCACUCGGGACCUGGAGGACUCAAAGAGGAGUGUGCAUACCAGAGUGACAGUCCCUUUUGAGGUCAUUGGCAAUUAUCCCCCAGGGCAGUAUGAUAGGUACACGUCGGUAGAGGUUCGACGGCCGGACGUAGGAGGAGAAGGGGAACAACAACUUUUGCUUAACCCUGGACCAGACAGGAGGGCCAUUUUUUAUCCCAGGACUGAUUUAUGGAAUACAUUCAGCAGUCAUCGAUACCAAGUUCAUGAACAGCCUCCGCGCUUCCAUUUGCUUUUGGAUUAUAUAACUCUCUUCAAGGGACAGGGGCGGAUAAGUACCGAUCGCUGGAUCACCACUGGGCAGGCGCUCGUGAUACCUCUGACCCAUAUGGACGAAGUCGUUGAGGAUGACCGGGUUGCACGAGACGGUGAUCAAGAACUGCUGAUGACGGCCGCACACGUGCAGCGUUGGGUGAACCCAUGGCAUAUGAGUCAAUUCUCAGGCAGCAUGCGGGAGUUUGCUCUGACUAUGGCUCUGCAAGGACUGAGACUCCUUCUAUGGAAUACCAAGGACGGGAUUGAGAUUUUCAGUAUCUUUCAGGAACUGUCAAGGUGCCUCACAAUCGGUGACGCGAAGACGACGUUGAAACGCAUGUCAUUGAUCAAGCUGCAUGAACCGGAAGAUCCGACGACCCAGGGGAUUAGCUUCCAGACGACAGAGUCUAAGAUCUAUAUCCUUCAAGGAUCCAUCGGUGAACCAUACGGUACAAACGAUUCAAAGCCAAGGAUAUGUCCUAGAACAAAGGUGCAAUGUGUCUGA